UUGCAGCAGCUCUCGGGAAACGGAAUAGAAAUCAAAGUGAAUUCGAUAAGUUAUAGAAGUCGGGCCCCCUGAGAACGGCAAGUUAUCCAGCAUUACGGAUCUCGACCUCGUCGGUAAUUUGGUGCGUUUGCGUGCCAGUCGAGAAUAUCUAGAAUCGGGUAUUUGGUAUCUAGAAUCGAGAAGCGCGACUCCCGACUGCCGACAGUCCCUCCGCCCUGUCGCCUCCAAUAAAAUUAUUAUAAUUAGCAUAGUUGAGAGGGGACACAUCGAGUCGGUAGCCGCCAGUUAAACGGCAGUGGAAUUUAGCGCUGCUAGUGGAAAUUUUGUGAAAACAAAAGGGGAAAAAUUCCAGGCGGCCGGCGCUAUGUCCGCUGGCAAUGCGAGCCAAGUUCUUGGACCGCCUCGCGAUCCGCUGGCGAUCGUGAUACCCGUCACCGUGGUCUACUCCCUGAUCUUCAUUAGCGGCGUGGUCGGCAACAUCAGUACCUGCAUUGUGAUCAAGAAGAACCGAUCCAUGCACACGGCCACCAAUUACUACCUCUUCUCGCUGGCCAUUUCGGAUUUCCUGCUCCUGCUGUCGGGGGUUCCGCAAGAGGUUUCCUUUAUUUGGUCCAAAUACCCGUAUGUCUUUGGGGAGUACGUCUGCAUUGGACGUGGCCUCUUGGCGGAGACCUCGGCGAAUGCCACGGUGCUCACGAUUACGGCGUUUACGGUGGAGCGGUACAUAGCCAUUUGCCAUCCGUUUUUGGGCCAGGCCAUGAGUAAACUGAGUCGCGCCAUCCGGAUCAUCGUCCUUAUUUGGAUUAUGGCAGUGGUAACGGCCAUUCCACAGGCCGCCCAAUUCGGAAUCGAGCUCAUUUCCGGCGUCGAGCAGUGCAGCAUAGUGCGGGUGAUAGUGAAGCACUCGUUCCAGCUGUCGACCUUCAUCUUCUUCCUGGCCCCGAUGUCCAUUAUCCUGGUCCUGUAUCUGCUGAUCGGCGUGCAUCUGUAUCGAUCCACUUUGGUGGAGGGUCCUGCCUCGGUGGCCCGUCGUCAGCAGCUGAAGAGUGUGCCCAGCGAUACGAUCCUGUACCGCUAUGCGGGAUCCAGCCCAGCUGUGAAUCUCAACGGAGGAGGAGGAGCUGGGGUAAUGGGCGGCUCGGGGGCGCAACUCAGCUCGGUGAGGGGUCGGCUCAAUCACUAUGGCACCCGGCGAGUGCUCAGGAUGCUAGUGGCCGUGGUGGUGUGCUUCUUCCUGUGCUGGGCCCCCUUCCACGCGCAGCGCCUGAUUGCCAUCUACGCCCCUGCACGGGGGGCCAAACUGCGGGAUCAGCACGAGUUUGUCUACACGGUGAUGACCUACAUCUCUGGAGUCCUCUACUACCUGUCCACCUGCAUCAACCCACUGCUGUACAACAUCAUGAGCCACAAGUUCCGGGAGGCCUUCAAGGCCGUACUUUUUGGCAAGAAGGUGUCCAAGGGCUCGCUGAACUCGCGAAAUAACAUCGAAUCGCGGCGCUUGAGGAGGGCACUGACCAAUUCCAGUCAGACGCAACGCGUCUCCAUUGAGUCGGCGGAGCAGCUAAAACAGGCAACCAUCCAGAAUCCGACGAUCAAGCCAACAGUCGCCUCCCAGUACGCCAUGAUCAAUGCCCAGGCCAACUGAAGUCGCUCUCUCGUGCGGCUUCCUGAUGCUAAUUUAUUUGAAUUCUGUUUAAGCCAGUUAUUUGUCGUCGUUAGGGUUUCCACUGCUGCUGCUGCUGCUACCAAAGCGUUUAGUUUAAACUGCUUUUGCAUUGAUUUGCAUUUGGCAAUUAGAAGUUAAUCACAGGCGCGCUCUCUCAAUUUUAAACAUUAAGUUUUUCAUUCAUGCAGCUUCGAAUAGCGAAGCUGAAUCGGGCUGAAAAAAACGCCUGAACUAGUCUUUCAAGUAUUCAGAAUUAUUUAGCUUAAGAAUAGUCGAACUUUUCACUCAAUCUAUUUAACUAACUGGCGCUCUUUUAAUUAAACUUUGGUCAGAGCUCAGGGGAUUUACUCAUAAAUAAGCCUGAGUGAUCUAUAAUUUAAAAUUGUUUUUUAAAUUCACUUAGUGAACGCCCACCAGUUAAGUAUAGGAACGCAAGUUGAAAAUAAAGCGAAAUCACGAAAGCUUAUCCUAAACUCUUGGAACAAUCUAAUA